ACUUUUGUUCUGUGACUACUACUGUCACAUCCACAUUUUAAGUAAAUAUUAUAGUUUUUAGGUUAAAUUUAAAGUAUUUCUUCUAUAAUUUCUAUUAAAAAUGUCUUCGACGCGACUUUUUGUUGGUAACUUACCAGAUACUGUUACAGAAACUGACAUAAGUACUGUUUUUUCUAAUUACGGACACAUUGUUAACGUGGAUUUCAAAAAUAAAAGUGACUCAAGUAAUAAUCAGAAACAUUUUGCUUUUGUGACCAUCUCUGCAUCUAACUAUGAAAUUGAAUCUUGCAUAAAACAUUUUUCAACUGAAGAUUUUCAUGGGCAACGGCUUUUUGUGACACGCGCUCGUGAAAGUUUUUUAGAGCGAUUACAGAGAGAGAGGCAAGAAGCACAAAACAAGGAAGCAGAAAAGAAUAUUAUUAAACAAGAACACCCAAAAAAGAAUGUUGUUUUGAAGCUAAGUGACAAGUUGAAUCCACGUAAAAGGAAAUUAGAUACACAAUAUGAUUCUAGCAACAAAGUUAAUAAGCCGUUUGAAGAAUAUAAAAAUAAAAUUAACACCUUCCACAAUAUCAAUACAAAAAAAGAGGAAGAAGUAUCUAAAGUGGAUAAAAAGAAACAGGAGGCAGAUAAAAAAAGGAUGGAGUCAAUAAAAAGGAAAACUCGAGAAUUCAAAGAAAAACAAAAGAUUAUCAAAACAGGUCUUGUUGGAAUUGAUAUAGUGGCAAAUAAAAAAGUAAUAUUUUCAGAUAGUGAUGAUGAUUCUAAAAUGAUAGUGAACACUAGUAAGUCCACAAUUACAAAAGAAAAAAAUUGUAAAAAUCUCUUUGAUGACAAUGAGAGUGGUGAUGAAGUUAACUUUGAAAUUAAACAACAAUUUGAAGGCAAGAAGGGACAAAAGGUUUUAGAUUUGCAAUCAAGAUAUAAAUCUGAUAAACGGUUCAUCUUAGAUGAAAGGUUUAUAGAAGAUGGAGAGUCUGAAGAAGAAGAAUAUAAUGAAGCUCACGAUAAUGAAGACAUUGAUUUGGGAAAUGCAGAUGAAAAAACAAAGCAGCUAAACAUAUUGGAAGAUGUACUUGGUGUCUCAAUCAAACCUCGAACCAAAAAACUUGAAGAAAAAAAAUAUAAAUCCAAAUUAGGCAUGUUUAGAUAUGAUCCCUUACAACCAGAACAUGCAAAAUUUUUAGCACCUAUAGAACAAACCAAUCAGGAAUCUACAAAAAAAACUAAAAAGAAAAAAUCUAAAGAAAACCAAGAGGAACAAAAUAUGGACACAGUGACAGUAGAAAACGAUAAACUAAAAAUUGAAGUAUCUAAAGAGCAAUUCUAUAAAGUCAGUGAAACUCUAAAAGAAAGUUUAGAUCAACCAAUUAACUUCAGCCUUAGAAGUUUAUUUGGUAACAAAGAGGAGAGUGAAAGAGUUGAGCAGGAGACUAGUUACAUAUCUAUUGAAAAACCAAAAGAACCCAGAAUCAAGAAUCCUUUGAAUCCUUCUGAUAAAAACCCAUUUAUCUAUGAUUCAUCUGAUUCCGAAAUGGAAGAUGAAGUGCAUGAAGUGAAAAAAGAAGAAAUUUCAACAGAAGCCACUAGUGCAGCACCAGAAACUAAAAUACUGUGGAAAGAAAAUUUAUUUUUUUCAGCUUCUGACAGCAGAUUACUUGAUGGUUUGGCAUUUUUUAAUAAUACUGAUGAAUGUGUACCACAUAAAGAAAGGAGGGAAUUAAAAGCAGUUAUGAAGAAGAGAAUCUACAAUAAAGACAGGAAAUCUCAGAUGUUCCAGAAGAAAAUUGGUGGUAGAAAAAAGUCUAUGAAGAAGACAUACAAAAAAAAAAGUAAUAUGAAAAAUUAAUGUUUGAAAUACAAUAAAAAAACAGAUUCAAGU